UCCAUCCAAAUCAAACUCUUCAUUCAUUCUUUCCAAGAACUCUCAACACCUUUUCUCUUUCACCCUAUUCCUGUUUUGUCCUGUGAACAAUAAUGCCAAGUUUUAGGCCCUUUCUCUACACUUCUGUCUUCCUCCUCAUCAUUCUUCUCCUGAACGCGACCAUGGCGGUCUCCCACACCAAAGCCAUGCGGCCCAAGGAUAACCAGUGGAAGCAGUUAAGUGUGAACCUGACACAAGUGGAAUACUCAGAGCAACAGUUCAUGAAGUGGGUGAGAUUUGUGGGCAGUCUAAAGCAUUCCGUGUUUAAGGCCGCGAAGAAUAAGCUAUUUCCCUCCUUUACCCUCACCGUCGACAAGAAUCCGGCGCACGGCGACUUCACGUCCAUCCAGGACGCCGUCGAUUCGCUCCCGCUGGUUAAUCUCGUCAGAGUUGUCAUCAAGGUGCAUGCAGGCGUUUAUACGGAGAAAGUGAAUAUACCUCCAAUGAAAUCUUUCAUAACAAUUCAAGGUGCUGGAGCUGAUAACACAAUUGUGCAGUGGGGAGACACAGCUCAAACCCUUGGACCCAAUGGGAGGCCUCUUGGUACCUAUGGCUCUGCAACUUUUGCUGUCAACUCACCAUUCUUUAUAGCCAAAAACAUCACAUUCAAGAAUACAACACCAGUGCCACCACCAGGAGCAAUAGGGAAACAGGCAGUGGCAUUUAGGAUAUCUGCAGACACAGCAGCCUUUGUAGGGUGCAAGUUCUUGGGUGCACAGGACACCCUCUAUGAUCAUAUUGGCAGGCACUAUUACAAAGAUUGCUACAUUGAAGGUUCUGUGGACUUCAUUUUUGGCAAUGGCCUUUCUUUCUUUGAGAAUAGUCAUUUACAUGCAAUAGCACAAAUGACUGGAGCAGUAACAGCACAAGGAAGAAGCAGCCUGUUAGAAGACACAGGGUUCGCAUUUGUCAACUGUAAGGUCACAGGGUCAGGUGCUUUGUACCUUGGAAGGGCUUGGGGUCCCUUUUCUAGGGUUGUUUUUGCCUACACUUACAUGGACAACAUUAUCAUACCCAAAGGUUGGCACAAUUGGGGCGACCCUAAUCGAGAAAUGACUGUGUUUUAUGGGCAAUACAAGUGCAGUGGGCCAGGGGCAAAUUUUGCAGGAAGAGUUUCAUGGUGCAGAGAGCUCACAGAAGAGGAAGCUAAGCCUUUUAUAACACUUGGUUUCAUUGAUGGUUUUGAAUGGCUCAAGCUCUGAAACCCUACCUAACAAUAUU